CACACAACCACAGGGGGACUUGAGGUCACUGAGCCCACGUGUACCUCCUUCCUCUCCUGGGGGAUAAAAGAGAGCAAGGAAGCACCAGCCUCCCCGACCUCAGCAACCUUCCUGGAAAGAUGCAGCCUCUCCUGCUCCUGCUGGCAUAUUUACUGUCCCCUGGGGCAGAGGCAGGGGAGAUCAUCGGGGGACAUGAGGCCUCUCCCCACUCCCGCCCCUACAUGGCAUUUGUUCUGUCUGUGACUGAAAAAGAAGAGAAGAGCUGCGGCGGUGUCCUUGUGCGAGAGGACUUUGUUCUGACGGCGGCUCACUGCAGGGGAAGCUCAAUGACAGUGACCCUCGGGGCCCACAACAUUAAGAAGCAAGAGAGGACCAAGCAGGUCAUCUCUGUGAGGGAAGCCAUCCACCCCCAACACUAUAAUUCCGAGAACCUCAACAAUGACAUCAUGUUGCUAAAGCUGGAGAGAAAGGCCAAGCUGACUGCAGCUGUGCAGCCCCUCAGCCUGCACUGGGGCAAGACUCAGGUGAGGCCUGGAGAGGUGUGCAGUGUGGCAGGCUGGGGGAGAGUCACCCCAAAUGGCAGACGGUCAGACACUCUGCAGGAGGUGGAGCUGACCGUGCAGCAGGACCGGGUGUGCGAAUCCUACUUACGCAAUUACAACAGUAACACUCAGCUUUGUGUGGGUGACCCGAAGGAAAGGAAGUCUUCCUUUAAGGGGGACUCCGGGGGCCCUCUCGUGUGUGACAACAUGAUCCAGGGCAUUGUCUCCUAUGGACAAAACAACGGGAAACCUCCAGGGGUCUUCACCAAAGUCUCGAGUUUUCUGCCCUGGAUAAAGAGAAUCAUGAAAAACCUCUAACUCUGGGAACCAGCCAACCUUCUCUGGA